CGCUUGCAGGGCGCGGCCCUCAGUCUGCAUAAACUCGCCAAUAAUAACACAUCUACUCAAUUUUGGAAUCUUUAUUUUCAUAGAUUUGUAGUUUUUUGUAAAUAUUUAUUGUAAAUAUAAUGGAUUUAAAAGGUAAAGUGGCUCUAGUAACCGGUGGUGCAUCUGGAUACGGUAAAGAGUACUGUAAGGAGCUUUUCAAGCACGGGUGCAAGGUGUCUAUAUGUGAUAUCAACACAGACGCAGGCGAAGACUUGCUCCACCAGUUGUCAAAGACUGCCAAAGACAGAGUGAUUUUCUGCCCAUGUGAUGUAACCGACUAUCCACAAUUCGAAGAGGCUUUCCAAACGACAAUUCAGAAACUCGGAGGCGUCGACAUUGUUAUAAACAGCGCGUCGGUGAUGAAUGACCGGCUUUGGGAGCUCGAAGUAGACGUCAAUUUGAACGGUGUAAUCAGAGGCUUGCUCCUGGCGUUCCGUUUCCUGGGCCGGGACAGGGGCGGUCCGGGAGGCGUUGUAGUGAACACGGGCUCCAGCUGCAGCACGCACCCUUUCGUCUCUUUGCCGGUCUUCACAGCCACUAAGCACGCGGUGGCGGCUUUAACCCGCUCGUAUCGAGAUCAAUAUCAUGUCAACCUAACGGGGGUCCGUGUGGUCGCCUUAUGCCCUUCGCCCACCGAAGCCGCUCUCUCGGGCGAUCCCCGUAAAAGGAUUCUCAGCGGGGAAUACGAGCAGGCCUGGCAGAAGGAUAUCAGCAGUACAUCUGCAAUAAAGGCCGAAAAUUUGGGCAAGGCGUUGAUAGAGAUUAUUCAAAAAGCGCCGAGUGGUUCCAGCUGGCUGGUGGAGAGUUCGACUCCUCCGAAAGAAAUUGUUCUAUUUUCAUAAUUCAAAACUUGGUUUAAUAAUCACGCUCAUAUCUGUUCGUUUACAGCUUCGCAACGCCAUUUCACGUGUCACUUGUAGCGAUUUAUAUAGUUAGACUAAAUAAUGCUUGUACUAUAAAGCAUGAUACAGGUUAGAUGUUAGUCGGUGAGAUUUUAUUUCAAAAUUAUAUCAUCGAUUGAUUGUUAUCAUUAUUGCUAACAGCUGAAAUUUUUAUCUGAUUAUUAUUGUUUUUUAUAAAAAGAGUGGAACUCAAAACUAUUAUUAAUUGUACUGCUUAUUAACUUUAUAAAAUGAUUGUAACUUUUUUUAAUAAACUGGGUUGAAACCUGA